UAAUUAUGUGAAUGCAAGCUUUCUUUAAGGGUUUUAAUUGGCUCCUAUAGGUAGAGACCUACAUAUAAAGAUGAUAUUCACCAGUGGUGUCACUUAUACUCUGUGAAGCCACACAUUUAGUGGUGCCAACGAUCCAAGAUAUCCAGUGUUUGUCCAGUAGUGCUGAUUACGGCAAAAGUCCUUUUCUCUGAGCUUCAGUUUGAAAAUGUGGUUAAAGUGCAAACUCCCAGAUACUAAACGUUGAAUUAACUGUCACUGCAUUGCUGACUAUGACUGUGGCUUUUGUUUGGGGCUGGGAUGAUUUUGUUGCGUUUUAAACUGGGUGCGUUUGUAUGUUGCACUUGCAUGACUGAUUUUUGUCAUGCAGAAUGAGCAGUUUCAGAGAUGUUGGUAGCUGCUGUCAGUCAGAUUGAAUCUGGCCCUCACACAAUCAAACCCCAAGCAGUUAAUAUUUGCUACUACACAAAACACAACUGAACAAAGCAAACCCGCCACUGUCCAUGUGGUUGGCAACCCCACACACAUUUAGCAGGAAAAAAGCCAGAAAGCUGGCAGGGCCGUGAGAAAGCGGAACUGCUGCAGGGACCACUAGCGGCAGCUGAUGGAGAUUGGCCUUCCAACCCUGUCCUCUAGCGUCAUCUCUUGAUGCAUUCACUUGCACUCGGACAUCGUAGUGUCGCUCUUGUAAAUGUCUGACCAGUCACAGCUUUUCAUAUUGAAUUCGAUUGUCCAAAAAGACGGUGGCAAGGCAUUUUUCGGAGUGGCAGCUGCCACCACAUGCCACCCUUCGGUUUUUCUAAAUGACAAGUCAUGUCUAACUACAUUUUGUUUUGGAAGUUCACCAGUCCGUUUUCCGCCACUGGGUAACUGUAACGUUAGCUAGCUAAACGCAGGUCACGGCCGGCCAUUAGCAGGAUCAAAGUGCAGCACGCAGACUGAACGCAGGGUCGGUGGCUUCUACGUUUAAACCAGGAUGGCUCCGCUGAAGUUCUGUGCGAAUAUUUCCUGGCUCUUCACGGAGCUUCCAGACUUCAGUCAGAGAAUAUACGCGGCUGCCUCGGCUGGCUUUCAGGCUGUGGAGGCAGCCUGGCUCUACGAUUCCGACCUGCAGGAGCUUCAGAGGGCCAGAGAGGCUGCAGGAGUGGAGGUGGUCCUCAUCAACACCCCGCCGGGAGAUGUAAAGGCUGGUGAUCUUGGUCUUGGAGCAGUUCCUGGAAGAGAGGCAGAUUUCAGACAGGGUCUGGAUCUGGCUUUGAAGUAUGCAAGAGUUUUGGACUGCAAAAAGAUUCACCUGAUGGCAGGGAGGGUUCCUGUGGGCUCUCACAGAACAGUGGUUGCCAAGGAGAUGGAAGCCAUCUUUGUGCAGAACCUAAAGUAUGCUGCUGAUAUCCUCUCAAAGGAAGGAAUCACUGGUUUGAUUGAACCAAUCAACACAAGGAUUACAGAUCCCAGGUAUUUUCUGGACUCUCCUCAUCAGGCUGCAAUACUGGAGAAGGUUGGAAAGCCAAAUAUCAAGCUGCAAAUGGAUGUCUUUCACUGUCAAAUAAUGGAUGGAAACCUGACACAAAACAUACACAAGUAUUUCUCCAUAAUUGGUCAUGUUCAGAUUGCUCAGGUUCCAGGCAGGAAUGAGCCUGACAGUGCCGGAGAGCUCAACUACAGCUACCUGUUCAACACACUGGAAAACCAUGACUACCAGGGAUACAUUGGCUGUGAAUACAAACCACUAGGCUCCACGAAGGAGAGUCUGGGUUGGAUCAAAGAUUACUGCGCACACACAGCAAGUGAUGAGCAUAGGUGUCCAACCACAAAGCUGUGAACAUCUUCUCCAACAAAUUCCUGUGGUCUUAUAUUUUUCCUACUUUUUUCACAUUAAUAGCCUGGUAUACAAUCUUACCAAAUAAAGCUUGAUGUAGGCCAAUUUGAGGUGCACCUGUAAUGCAGUCUAAUACAAUAGCAUGAACUAGUUGAAGUUUAGAUUUAUUGCACGGUUGUUACAUUGGAUUCCAUUAAGGCAUUGUUUUUAUUGUGUCCUCCCCCUUUAUGAAUGUAUCAGUUCCAUGUUUAAAGGGAAUCCCAGUUAUGUUCAACCUGGAGCCUGUUUUUUAAAUGUGGUUUAGUUCAUUCAGGCUAACAUGAUCUUAUCCAGGUAAAAUGAUCCUGUUAAUUCUCAUUCACAGCAUAGUACUGCUCACCUUCAACCUGAGCAGAGGUCUAACCAGCCAGAAUAACAACACCUAUGAGGGUGUGCAGAACCUCUAAGGCGAUUUUUUGACAUUUCACCUUUUGACUGUCAUCAUCGUCUUUGAAUCUGGUUCCACACAUCAACUACACAACUUUUUUACGGUACUCGGAAUUGAUAAAUGUAUUCGUUCUUCCUCACCAUCACUGGGCAGUACGUUCAGUCUGGUGGUCCAAGCUGUCACUUUCAGUUAGAGUUUUACUACUUUCAGUAGAAAAAUAGCCUACACAAGCACUGCACAUUAGGUUAACAAGCUCAGCAGCCUAUUAUUUACAAUAGAGUUAUCAGAUUAUCAUUGUUUCUGUGGCCUUUAAGGAGGAAAUAACAUGCUGUGAAUCACACUGAGCUGACAACAGUGUGAUUCUCUGUUACCAGUGAGGAGCUCCAUUGCUAAAAGCUAUGUUUCGGUCAGUGACAAUAGUGAUUCAGUAUAGCAGAGCUGUUUUUAGGUCUUUUCAAUCAAGUCCAAGUCAAAAAGCCUUUUCCGGGCAAUAUAUGCUUAGUAUGAAAAUUACAAUAGUUCAAUGGCCAAAAGCACAUCAAAUACUUCUUUUUCAUUGGAAACAGGGCACUUAACGUCCAGUUGCAAGUAAUGAAUCAAAGCAUUUGUAUGUGUCAAUAAAUGAGAACACUCAAAACAAAGGUGACACUGCUGAGUUUCUAAAAUCACUGCUCCUGAUUUGAUCUUAACACAUCUCUGGUCGGUCACAUUAAAACCAGGAUCAGUGCUGAUCGCCAGACGCUGGAAGUCAAUCAGAGUUGGGGGUGCUAAGAGAAAGUCAGUCUAUAUAAUGAUGUCAUACUUAAUGCUGCACGACAUUCAUGUGUUUUGCAUUAAUUUGAAUGGCGAAAAUGAUUUACAUUUAAUAGUUAACAACAUUUUACACCAAUUUUAAAACAUUGUACACUACAAAAGAAAGCAAACUUGAAAACCAAAAUGUAAGUCAGACUUAGAAGAAAAAGGGAUUUCCCUAACAUGUAAAAAUCAGGGAUCAAAAACACCAUGCCUCCUCCAAUCAUAUACUUUUUAACCCCCAGAGCUAAAAUAUAACCCACAAGAACAAACCCUCACAGGAGUCUACCGUUUCUACAGAGCCCUGAGAUUUAACCCAUCUAUAGCAUCUCACCAUUUCCAGGGCUAAGCACAUCCUCAAAGCAAAACUUGAUAGAUUCAAAAGCAUUAGCAAGCAGAUGGGGAAAAUGGGACUUAGUCCUUACCGACAGUCAGAUAAACCUCAAAAUAAAUUACCAAAAAAUCCCAAAACUACCAAAUUAACCUAACCAUCUUUUAUGUAUUCACAGACGGUAGCAAACAAAGAUGAAGAUGGGCAUAUGUCAUACAGAAAUUAGACAAAACCAUAUGGACUAACAAAGUAAUAAAAGUCAGCUCAAUAAGAGUCAGCUCAAACAGCAGAGGUUAUGGCAAUUCUAGAAGUUCUCUUGUUUUGCACAAAAGUGCAAGGCAGCUUGCAUUAGUGACAGAUAGUGACUAUUGUUACAAAGCAGGAAUAGCAGAACCUGCAUUAUGGGAACAACACUUCAGUGCUGACAUUGCGGGGCCAUUGCCUCAGCGAACAGGCCUCGGGAAUAAAUCAACGGUUAUUCCCACUCAGAGUAGCCACAGAGACAUCAUUCUCAGAUAGGCUAGCCCAAAUAAUUCUCCAGUAUUUAAAAAUAGAGAGUUUAAGAAUGGACAAUGGUACACAUUUCAAAAACAAGUUUGUAAACAAACUCCAAGAAGAGAACGGCAUACAACAAAUCUGGAAUGUCCCAUACAAGCCCAAAACAAACGGGGUAGCAGAGAGGGCAGUUAGGACAACUAAGGACUGGUUUAUUAAAAAUGCUCCCACCAAAAAUCUAGCAGCCAUGCAUGAAGCCAUAAACAAUCCCAUACGUAGAAACAAGCCCAGACCCACUAACCCUGUCUGCCUUCCUUUCCAGGUUGAGACAAGGGUAGUCUGGGUAGCAAGAAGAAAGACUCAAGUCAAGUCCAAAAUAGAAGAAACAGACAUUAUAGAGGACAUACUCACCAAUAAACAGUUAGGCUCAAAAGUUUUGGCUUAGUACAUUGCUCUCAGAUUAGGAAAAAUGGUAUUACCCGAGGCAGCAGCAGUACAGUUAGCAGCAGUUAGCGGUUACCAGUCUAUGGCAUUAGUUUAGCAACAAGUAACGCUAUCUGUCCAUCAGGAAACUCCGUAAGUCAUAGAGAGAUGAGGCAGAGCAGCCGGAGGACAUCAGACAGCGACAGUGUUUUGAGAGAUGGUUUCAAAAUAGUAACAUGAUUGGUAUACUCUCUAGCUGAAAAUAGAUAAUAAAACUCUGACUCCAGAAACGGACUACAUGUACUUCCAUAAAAACGACUCCAAACAAGUUUCAUGCUGGACUAUUACCGCCAGAAGAGAGAAAGAAUACUCCUGGACAAAUUAUUCUAACUGCAUUCACACUAAUAUGUCUAAGGGCCAAACCCUAACAUUCCUCCUCUAUGAGGAUAAUGCAAUACCGGCUGGAAGAAAUUACACCACCGUACUGUCUGUAAAUACAGAUGGUGUAAACCCUGGGUCAAAGAAACCCCAUGGGAAGAGUUUGACCGUGUCUUAGCACAAUGAGUCACAUUAUAAAUAGAUCCAACCCCUAUGCCUUCAAGGGCAAAAAGGCAAGCUCAACAAAUACCACGACCACCCUACACCAUAUCUAAACUACUUACAGAAUUAGCAGGUUAUGGCUAUAACGUUACAGGAAAACAAUGGUUUAAAUUUCCCAUAAUGUCAGUAAAUAAUAGAGAAUUUCCUUUUGGUCGUGAAAGGGAUGAGAACUAUACCAUGGCCUUAGAAAGAAUUAGCAGAAACCUUCUUUUGGAAGUAAAAGCAUUAAUACCACAUCCACUAUUAACCUCAACAUUACUAUGUAUUAUAUAAACGUUCGAGUCCCAGAAUCAGGGGCCUAGAAAAUGAUUUACAAAGACACAAUGGCAGAAAAUCCAACCGUGUACGAAUUUGAAAUAUGCGGAAUAUUGGGAUAACUUUAAGUGGGAUUCCAAACGUAGAACCCCCAAACGGCCAGACACACCUAUUAUGCAGAAUCCCAGACAGUGAAGACUGACUCAUCUGUAGCAAUUCCAAAAAGGAGGUUGAGCCCAGAAUUAACAGCAAGAAAUACUAUACGGCAAUUGGAUGGUUCCUCGGACACCUAAUAUUAGUAAAGGAUUGCUUUAAAGCAGGGAUACUCAACUUGCUUUGCCCAGGGGCCACUUUUGCAAAAUGACAGGAGGCCAGGGGCCAGUUAAUAAACAAACAUUAAUAAUAUUUAUCAGAUAAAAGGAAUAAACAUUAAAAGGCCUAUAACUCAUCUUUCUUUGAAAUUCUUUAUUUUCAAAUUAACUAACUUAAUUUAUUAACUUAACUUACUAAUGAAAUUAAUUUGAAUGAAUAGCAUAUUUAAGCUCUUUUAGUGUGAAAUACACAUUUAUGGGAUUAGAAUUAUCCUCGUUUCUGUGUAACUUUUUCUCCUCUUCAGCUAAUAAUUGUCUUCCCCUGCAUAGCUCACCGUCUGAUCCAUACUUGGCAACCCUCGAGAGACUCCUGUUUUUCAUUGCGCUCUCUCAGUAUCCUCCUGGGGGUCACAAUUCUCCUGUAUUUCUCCCGAUUUAUGACAAAUUUUCACAACUUUUUUUCCUUUUCGUUAUCACAGCCUGUUUCUGUCACUGUACAGCUCCCUAUGACGCUAAAAGUCUACUGUUUUCACCUGGACAAUAAUAGAGCUACACCAAAUUUUAUGUCCUCGCCUGCAUGUGAUGCAGAAGAGAGCAGUUCAUGCUCAUGGAUGCCAUAUUAUACACCCAUGCUCGCGCCUCAUCCUCCUCAGAGUGAGACUCAGAUAGAAAUGGAGAGUACUACUACUACUCAAGCAAAUUUCAGACGUCCUGGAAAGAAGAAUUUCCAUUUCUUGUGGAAAGUUUUAAAGGAAAGGGACAUGGCCUGUAUUCUUUCCUGAAAAUUAAAAGUAAAAUUAUAAGUAUUCAACAUAAAA